CGCUCUGUUUUUGUUAUUUCAUAAUAUUCCCAAUUACGAGGAGUGGGGGAGGAUCUAGCUGCAAACAAAUAUGCAAAGCAAUCAAAGCACACGACUGCUGUCGCUGGCCAGGCAUCUGCUGAGGCGGACAGCAGCGCAGGCUUCGCAGCAAGCGGCAGGAGCAACAGGAGCGGCAGCAACAGGAGCUGGAGAAUCAGGCAGUGCCGAGCAGACCACUCACUUUGGCUACCAAACGGUAAAGGCGAGCGAAAAGGAACAGAAAGUCCAUGAGGUGUUCGAGCAGGUGGCCAACUCGUACGACAUGAUGAAUGACGCCAUGUCCCUGGGCAUACAUCGCGUGUGGAAGGACAUGUUUGUGGAGCGACUGGGGCCUACGCAUGGCAUGCGACUGCUGGACAUGGCCGGCGGCACCGGCGACAUCACAUUUCGCUACCUGAAGUAUCUGGCCAAUCAGGCGAAUCCCCAGCAGCGAUCCAGCCACGUGACCGUCUCGGACAUCAACCAGCACAUGCUCGAUGUGGGAAGGGAGCGGGCCCGCCGCCUCGGCCUCACCGCAGAAAGCUUGCCCAACUCAACGAUUGCCUGGCAGUGCGCCGAUGCCGAGUGCCUGCCCUUCGAGGAUGCCAGCUUCAAUGCCUACACAAUUGCCUUUGGCAUACGGAACUGUACGCAUGUGGAUAAGGUGCUGAGCGAGGCCUAUCGAGUGCUGCAGCCGGGCGGACGAUUUAUGUGCCUGGAGUUCAGUCAUCUGACAAACGAGACGAUGCAGUGGCUGUACGACCAGUACUCGUUCCAGGUGAUACCGCCGAUGGGACAGCUGCUGGCCGGACAGUGGCAGGCCUACCAGUAUCUGGUGGAGAGCAUUCGUCGCUUCCCCAAGCAGGAGCACUUCAAGCAGAUGAUCGAGCAGGCCGGCUUCGAUUUGGUGUCCUACGAGAAUCUAACCUUUGGCAUCGUCAGCAUACACUCUGGCUUCAAGCUGUGAUUACACAUGGAUCGAUGGAUCGAUGGAUGGAUGGGAAUUGGGACUAGUUUUAGAGACCCUUUAUUGCUUUUUUUGUUGUUUCCAUGCCGAUCACGUAUCCCCGCGACGCCAUAAAGCAUCGCAUUGAGCGCAUUCAACGGUUUGGACUUGUCUGCCGUGCGCUUACAUUAAAGUUUUUAUGUGGCUCUUUGUCAAAUAUUACAUGUGCUGCCAAAA